ACAGAAAGAGAAAGUGAGUGAGAGAGCUUUUAAAGGAUUUGGCAGUGAUUUGUAGAAUCUCGCUGGCGUAAUGUUGUGCUUUUUCACUUUUCUGAGAUUGUGCCAUGAUGCUGUACUCUAAAGCCUCAAAAGCCAGCAUUUUCGAUUUGUUUUUGUAAAUUAAAACUAUUUUUUUCUCACUCUAUUGUAAUAUACAUAUGUUGUGAAAGGACUGAGAGUAUCUGACCUGACAGUGGAUGGACUUUUUGCUCCUGAAUCAAACUAAUGGCCCUUCAAAACAUCAUAUAUUGAAUAUGGGAAGAGGUCUGUUCCGGAAUGCUCACGUAAGUGAGCAAAGCAAGACCAGUCACCAUGGAAUGAUCAGGGGCCUGGUGAUUUCACCCUGAACACAGGAACUUUGUGGCCGUCAUCAUGACAUUGCAGUGCCACACGUCUCAACUUCUUACAUUAUCUGGUCAUUCAACAACAUGGCUCAAGUUGCUAUGGAUGCUGGUCCUGGGUCUUAGUCCAGGGUCAUGGGCACAGCAGGGGACCCAGCCCCACUCCAUCAAGAUUGAGGGGGACAUCACCCUGGGUGGACUGUUCCCAGUGCACUCACGGGGCCCUGCUGGUGUGCCAUGUGGGGAGAUCAAGAGGGAGAAAGGGAUCCACCGUAUGGAGGCCAUGCUGUAUGCCCUGGACCAGAUCAACAGUGAUCCUGACCUGCUGCCCAACAUCACACUGGGGGCCAGGAUCCUGGACACCUGCUCCAGGGACACCUACGCCCUGGAGCAGUCUCUUACCUUUGUCCAGGCCCUCAUCCAGAAGGACAACUCAGAUGUGCGCUGCUCCAAUGGUGAGCCACCCAUCAUCGCCAAGCCAGAGAGAGUGGUCGGAGUGAUCGGGGCUUCCGGCAGCUCUGUGUCAAUCAUGGUGGCUAAUGUACUAAGACUCUUUUCGAGUGGCUGA